GCAUUCUAAAGUUUGAGCGUCGUCACUGAAAAGGCUCUGUUUUGCCUAAUCACAAGACCUAGGAACCAUUAAAAGCAUUUGAUCUUCAGAUCUCAGGGCUUGACAUGGACGAUAAAAUUACAGAAGUUCCAAAAGAUAAAGAGGUGCCAGAUCAUUCAAGCAUUAAAAGCCAGAAGUAAUAUCUUAAUAGCAACCCUAAACUAGACUACUGCACUAACCUGUUUAUCACAUGUAAAAUACCUGUACUUUGAACAGCAAUACAGCAACAUGUCAGCAGGUCAGUUUUCCCAAAAAAGUUAACCUGAAGAAGUUUACAGGUGUCAUGUUUGAUGUCUAAACCAGUGGAAGAUGUCCUCAUUCACAAUGUACGUGCCAAGGUAGAGCAUUACCUUUGAUACCUUUUUGUUUGUUUGUUUUUUGCUAGAAUUUCAUUCCAAUUGGAGCUGACCCUGCAAAAGAUCUAAAGGACGUCCUGAAAGAUCAAGAUUAAUUUAGUCAAACUAGAUUGAACAAGCCCCGCCCACAGCUGCAGAAAUAACCUGUCAUUCUAUGAGUUCCUGUAUUACAGUCUUAAUGAACUACUUCACUGUGCAGCUUUCCUGAGCUGCUCUUUGCUGAAGAGGAUUACAGAAGUUGCAGCCUUCACUGGAAAUUUUGACUCUUGCAUCACCAGCUUCAGAAUUUUGUAUUUUUUUUUUUUUGUCCUGACACAAAUAUACUUGUAAUUAUUUCUUUAUUUGCAAUUUCUUCAUGCAUUUUAAAUUAGGUAAGGAAUAGUACUAUAUUUUUAAGUUGGGAAAAGUACUGCUAUCAAGGUGUGGCAUAUUUACAUGUCUCUUUGUCUGUUUCUAUUUCAUUAGAAGUGGGUUGCAGACUAAAAUAAGAUGGGACCAAACAAAGAAUUUAUGGUUGUCUUUUUGCUGUUGGGACCCAUGGUUUUCAUCACUUUGACAAUUCACGGAUGGGAUUUUUAUCAGCAAAACAUAGCACCGAAAUAUUCAGAACAGCAAAGACUAAGAAAGGAACUUCUGAGGAAACACUGUGCUGGUGUGAACCAAAGUUUGGUUAAUAAUGUUGACAUGAAAAAUUUUGUUGUGGAUGACAAAAAUGGCAUCAUCUACUGUUACAUUCCUAAGGUGGCAUGUACCAACUGGAAAAGGACAUUGAUCGCUUUAAGACACGAUGAACCAUAUCCUGACCCCAUGUCCUUCGAACAUAAUUGGGUUCAUCGAUUUGAUAGAUUCCAGCUCCUGAGACAAUUUCCACUGGCAGAGAGAAAGGCAAAACUAAAGCAUUACACCAAGUUCCUGUUUGUCCGUGAUCCAUUUGUCCGCCUCAUCUCCGCCUAUAGGGACAAGAUGCAACAUUAUGACCAGUAUUUUUAUCAAGGUUAUGUGAGAGCUAUCUUGCAACUUUAUAAAAAACAGUAUAAUUUACCAACGAAUGUUACUUUGGCAAGAAAAACGGGUGUCCAACCUUCAUUCUAUAACUUCAUUCAGUACAUAGUGGAUCCACGAACAGAGAGAAAUGCUCCAUUUGAGCCCCACUGGAGGCAGAUGUUUCGCCUGUGCCACCCCUGCCUCGUCAAUUAUGACUUUGUCGGCCAUCAAGAGACUCUUCAAGAAGAUGCUCAGGAGCUGCUGAAGAUCUUAAAGCUGGAAGACGAUAUCAAGUUUCCUCCUUCCUAUGAAAAUAUGGCUUCUACUGAUUCUGUUAAGGACUGGUUUCAAAGUGUACCACUGAAAGACAGGAGGAAGCUGUACAAACUAUAUGAAAAGGACUUUCAACUUUUUGGCUACAGAAGGCCAACUGAACUGCUGGAUGAAUGAUCUGAAAUCAGAACAACCUCUGUGCUAUUCCAUGUAAUAUUGAAAUGCCUCAGAUAUUAACUCCAAAUUCAAGACAGACUUGAUUUGAGUUUUCUAUACUUGGUCAUUUUAAUUAUAAUGACUGUCUUUUCAAAUCUUACAUUUGACUGUAGAUUUUAGGACCAUACAUGAACCUGGAGACAUAAAAUAAUGGUAGAUGGGAAUAUGAGCAUAUUCCGAAUUCUUACUCCUACGGCUUCCCGCUUCCCCAACAUUUAGAAUCCAAACUGAGAGUUAUGAAAAAAUAGUCAAAAUUUGGACGACACCCCCACUCAAUGACGUCAACACUAACCGCCAGUCAUCUACGUCAACGCGGAAACAGGAAAAUACAUAACAACUUAGGUUUUAUAAGCUUUAAAAGUCAUGCUAAAACAAAAAAUCAUUACUUACAUGUAAAUGUAAACUUCUGUUCUACAGUAGCACAGUGCAGUGCGGUUUACCUUCACCGCGGAGGGAUCCAGAAGCCCUCCGCGGCUCUUAAAAAACUAGGGGUAAUGAACGUGUCAAGGCCAGGGGGCCGGAUCUGGCCCUCCAGGUAAUCUUAUCCGACUCCCUUGAUCAUUUUAUUUUAUUGCUAUUAAUGCCCCAAUGUUAUCUUGCACUUAUUUCUAACUUAU